GAAGCUAAGGUGAAAGGUCCAAUGGUUAACUUUGUGCACACAGGCUAGUUGAUGGUAUAAAACGUACUAUUUGUUGCAUCGCACGUGUGCUUUGGUGAAGCAACAGUUUUCUAAGGAGCUCUUCAGCGAGCGACUGGCAGAUUUUUUCGACAUUUAAAAAAAAAAAAAAAUUACCGCACGGCACGGACGAGAUUGAUAGUAAACACAAACUGCGAGACAUCAGCUGUAAACCCGACAUGAAUUCACGACGAACAGAUCUUCCACAGCAACAUGUCUGUGAGGAAGAGGUUCUCACUAACCAGCAGUUGUGUAACCAAGAGAGGAAGAGAGUACCAGAGCCUCCGCAGAUUAAAGAGGAACAGGAGGAGCUCUGUGCCAGUCACGAAGCAGACCAGCUUGUUCUGAAGCAGGAGAUUUUUGCAGUUGUGGUAACUCAUACUUUUGAGGAAAGUGACCACAGUGAACUGGAGCCACACAGUGACCAGCUUUUCUUUCACAACUCUCCCGAGAGCCAAGAUCAGGAGGAAAAGCAUGUAGACUCAGGCUCAACUGGAGAUGCAGAGCUGCAUGCGAUGAAGAGACACUCCAUGUCAGAGAGUCGUUAUAAUGACGCAGACAUCCCGCGGCACCAUGUCUGCAAGGAGGAGGAGGAGGUUCUUGCUGACCAGCAGCUCUGCAACAAGGAAAUGAACUACAGUGUGAACCAGGAGGAAGCAGAGUCUAAACAGAUCAAAGAGGAAGAGGAGGAAAUCUACACUACUGAGACGGGAGAGCAGAUUGUUCUGAAGCAGGAGUUUGAUACCGUUAUGGUGACUGCAAAUAAUGAGGAGAGUGACCACAGUGAACAAGAGCCUAACAAUGACCACCUCCUCUCUCACAACUUUCCUGAGAGCCAAGAUGAGGAAGGAAUUAUGUGCGUAGACUCUGGAUCCACUAGAAAUAAAAAGCUGAAACCAAAGAAGAAAGAUCACAGGAAAGGAAGUAAAUGUAACUAUGUAGGCGACUUUCUCAUGUCAGAAAGUCAGUGUAAUACUGAUACCGUCAAAAAAACUUUAAAAUGUGACGCUUGUGGAAAAGCCUUUAAAAAUAAGUCCCAAAUGAAACAACAUGAGACAAUUCACCCAUGUGCUAAGCCAUGUGAAGGAAGUCACACAGACGAGAAACCAUAUACCUGCAAAACUUGUGGGAAAAGUUUCAGUCAUAGGAGUCAUUUGACCGUCCACACUAGAACUCACACAGGUGAGAGGCCGUAUUCUUGCAACACAUGUGGGAAGAAUUUCAGUAACAGUAGUCAUUUGACCGUUCACAUGAGAAUUCACACAGGUGAGAAACCCUAUUCUUGUGAAAUCUGUGGGAAAAGUUUCAGUCAUAGUGGUGUUUUGACUGUUCACAUGAGAACCCACAUAGAUGAGAAGCCAUAUCCUUGCAAAACAUGUGGGAAACAUUUCAGUCACAGCAGUAAUUUGACUGUGCACAUGAGAACCCACACAGAUGAGAAGCCGUAUUCUUGUAAAACAUGUGGGAAAAGCUUCAGGAAUAGUAGUAAUUGGCUGCGCCACAUGAGAACUCACACGGAUGAGAAGCCGUAUUCUUGCAAAAUGUGCGGGAAAAGUUUCAGUCAGAGUGGCGUUUUGACUGUCCACAUGAGAACUCACACUGAUGAGAAGCCGUACACUUGCAAAAUAUGCGGGAAAAGUUUUAGUCAAAGUGGCGUUUUGACUGUUCACAUAAGAACUCACACAGAUGAGAAGCCGUAUUCUUGCAAAAUGUGUGGGAAAAGUUUCAGUCACAGUGGCGUUCUGACUGUUCACAUGAGAACUCACACUGAUGAGAAGCCAUACACUUGCAAAACAUGUGAGAAAAGCUUCAGUCAUAGUAGUAGUUUGACUGUCCACAUGAGAACCCACACUGAUGAGAAACCAUAUAUUUGCAAAACAUGCGAGAAAAGUUUCAAUCAAAGUGGUGCUUUGUUGCGCCACAUGAGAACUCACACGGGUGAAAAGCCGUAUUCUUGCAAAACGUGUGGGAAAAGUUUCAGUCAAAGUGGUGUCUUGCUCAGGCAUACAAGAACUCACACAGGUGAGAAACUCUAGUCCUGAAACUAUCAUAAAUAACUUGGAAGCCAAGCCUGAAGCCAUCAUGUGAGUGUAUUGCAUGUCACAUUGUGUAAGAUGGGUCUUAUUUUCUUUAAUCUCUGGUUACAUGUCAGACUGCACACUAUAUUUGAGGAUGUCACAUUGUGCAGUGACUAUGCGAUUAAUAUUACAUAAUUGUAUUUUAAGAACACUAUUGCAAUUGUUUUGGGACAUGUCACAAAAGUAUUUAUUUGUGAAAUGGAAACCGCAAUGUUUCUAUGUGUUCAGUGUUACAAUAUGACCUCCACUGUAUUUAUUCAUAUGACGAAGGAACAAACCAUUGUAUUACUGUACUGAAAUCUGCCACUGAAUACCAGUGCUUUAAUACUGAAGCAGUGUUAAAAAGCAGGAGGUUCUCAGGCAAGUUUUGAAUUAUUUUUGCCUCCCCGGUGUAUUUUACAUUAUCUUUUUAAUAAUGAGAGUUUUUUUUGUAUUCAUGACUCAUAAUUACAUGUGAGUGUCUCAAACCCUAAUUCUCCUUAGGUGAUAUAUGCGUUAUCACGUAAGUAGAAAAAAAAUAAGCUAAAGAGAGGUGAGGCAAGUCUUCAUCUGCAUCAUCUACAUCACAUUACGUCUUUUUUCUCUUUUGUUUUGAUUUGUGGGCAUCUCGAACUAUAUUAAAAAUAACACUUGUAUGAUGUUAGCAGUGUAUUUUGUACUGUAUUUUAGUAUUUUCUCUACCUCAGUUUUAUGUGAAUUGUGAACUCUGAUGUUGAAGAUAAGAAUAUACAUAGUUCUCUGUGUCAACUGGAAUAGUGUCUUGUUAAGAGGAAGUUGUUUAUUUUUAUUGUGUGUUUUGCUAUGGUAUCUUUUUUAUUUCAUUUUAACCUUUAAAGGAGCUGCUAUCAAAAUGUAGAAACUGUACAACAUUGUCUUGUAAAAGGCGCCUUGUAAAUAAACUUUAUUUUAUCAAAGACA